AAACACGUAAGAACCACAGAAAAAUCAAGACAUGGGGCCAUCAAUUAAAACCUGGGUGGAAUCAAAUAUAGUGCAAUCAAAGGAUAUAGAAAUCAUUAAAGUAUGAGCGAGUUCUUUACUCUGAGUGGAAGUUGCUGUUUUGAAGAUUCUUGGAGACAUUAAAACUAAUGAAGCUAGGUGGUACUUUGUUUGUACCUAGUGUUCAAGAAUUAGCCAAACAAUCACUUGCAGAAGUCCCAGCUCGAUACAUACGCGAUGACCAGGACACAUUAGGUAAUAAUGUGACUGUUACGUCUAUGAUAGAUCAAUCAGUACCUGUUAUCGAUUUGCAGAAAGUACUGUCACCAGAACCCAUCAUCGGAGAGUUAGAAUUGGAUAGGCUUCACUCGGCUUGCAAAGAAUGCGGUUUCUUUCAGGUGCAUAUAUGCAUAUAUGUGAAUAUUCAAUUACGAAUAUGGAUUGUAAUUUUCUUUUUAUCGGCCGGUAGGAAUAAUGACGCCGACAUAUUAUGAUCGAUUAUGGUAAGGCAUUAGCAAAGUAAAUUGAGUUAAUGCAUGAUGUAAGUCGUAAACCAUGGAGUCGACAAUUUAUUGGUAGAGAAAGUGAAAUCAGAUAUUGAAGGUUUCUUCAAACUACCAAUGGAAGAGAAAAAGAAAUUUUGGCAGGAAGAAGGAGACGGCCUGGAAGGAUUUGGACAAGCCUUUGUUCAUUCAGAAGACCAAAAGCUGGAUUGGGGAGAUUUGUUCUACAUGGUCACCCUUCCCAAACAUAUGAGGAAGCCUAGGCUAUUUCCCAAACUCCCUCUACCUCCCAGGGAGACAAUCGAAUCCUACUCAUCAGAGUUGAGUAAACUUAGCUUGACUCUCAUUAAGUCUAUGGAGAAGGCUCUGCAAAUGAAGACUAACGUCAUGGCAGAGUGGUUUGAAGACGGGAUACAACAAAUGAGGAUAAAUUAUUAUCCUCCUUGCCCUCAACCGGAACAUGUCAUCGGCUUAACACCACAUUCAGAUGUUGGCGGUUUGACGAUCCUCCUUCAACUCAACGAAGUGGAUGGAUUACAGAUUAAAAAGGAAAAAAUGUGGGUUCCCAUUAAACCUCUACCUAAUGCCUUUGUAGUGAAUAUUGGAGAUGCUUUCGAGAUUAUGAGUAAUGGGAUUUACCGUAGCGUGGAGCACCGAGCAACAAUAAACUCAGCAAAGGAGAGGCUCUCAGUUGCAACAUUUCAUACCCCAAGAGCAGAUGGGGAAAUAGGUCCAAUACCUUGCAUGAUCACACCAGAGACACCUGCCUUGUUUAGAACAACUGGGUAUGAGGAAUAUUUUGAGAAAUUCUUUUCUCGUAAACUCGAGGGAAAAUCAUUCCUUGACUCCCUAAGGAUAGGAGAAGGCGAUGAACACUUCCCCCGCUUGGAUGUGAAAGGGCCAUGUAAUUGAAGUCAAAUUAAAAUCAACCCAUAUAAGCAAUGUACUUAUGAAUUUGGUUGUUAAUCACCCUAAUCUGCAUUUAUCCUUUUGGGUGGGACUCAUAUAUAUGCAAUAGUACCUACAGCUGAAUUACAUGGAUCCAUUGUUUGUGUUAAUAUGCAAUUCAAUGAUUCAAUUUUUCUGGUCUCAUACA